CAAAUCUAUUACAUUUAUUGAGCUAGAGAGAUGUGUGAUAUGACAGAAGACGAUUUUGAGGUUCCUAUCAAGGGUGUUAUUGUAGGAAAUGGAGCUGUCGGCAAAAGCUCUAUGAUUCAGCGAUACUGCAAAGGAAUUUUCACAUCAGAAUAUAAAAAGACGAUCGGGGUAGACUUUUUAGAACGACAAUUAAGUAUAGAAGAAAACGACGUGAGGCUGAUGUUAUGGGACACAGCUGGACAGGAAGAGUUUGAUGCUAUAACCAGAACCUAUUACCGAGGUGGUCAAAUAGCCGUCUUAGCAUUUUCAACCACUGACAGAGAUUCAUUUGACGCCAUACCUUCUUGGAAAACGAAGGUAGAAGAUGAAGUUGGUGAUAUAGUUAUGGCUUUGGUUCAGAAUAAAGUGGAUCUUAUUGAUGAGGCCCAGAUGACUGUGGAGGAGGUUGAAGAAAUGGCAAAAAGGCUAAAAGUAAAGCUAUUUAGGGCCUCAGUUAAGGAGGAUUUCAAUAUAGAAGAAUUAUUCAAAUAUUUAGUCUCCUCCUACUUAUCAACGCGAGAUAACGUAGUACAAUUAACCGUUCCCGAACACAAGCGUCCAGCAAAUCCAGUCACAGAUAAUCAUAGCAGUAAGCCUAGUCAACCAGAUAAUAACCCCACUAUAAGACUUCCUGUUGCGUCUGGAGGGCCGGAAUCAGCAUUUGAACUGAAACCUAGUAGGGGGAACUCUAGCAAGAAAGUGAAAGCCCCCGCAUGUACUCUUUUGUAGCUUUAUAGUGAGAUUAAAGAAUAUUUAUGAUGUUGUAAAAUAUUCAAUUUGGUACAAUGAUGAGUGAAGUUUUGAGUUAAUGUGAUCAGUGAAUUUGGCAGUAUUAUUAGACUUUUGUGUUCUUCUGUAAAUAGGUAAAAAGAUAAAGCACCUCUCUCAAGUUAUGUUUGACGGAAAUUUAUUGCCGGGUAUAAGAUUUUUAUGCGGGAGGGAAUUAAUCCCAUCGAUGUAAACUGUUGGGGGAGGUGAAUCAUAUUUUUUUCUGACACUUAACAGCGAUAAAAUAUUUAGCUUCCAGCGUUUACUAAUAAAAACCAAGAAUCACUGUCACGUGUCAAAACAAAUAUAGUUUAAUAGUUAGCCUACCCGUCAGUAUCCUGAUCUGUUUUUGUUCCUUCGAAUUUGUUUAUUGGCAAUAACAUCGAGUGAGUCGAUGAUGAUUUCAUUCAAUCAUUCCCGUGGAUCAAUUAUUGCGCUGUCGAUAGCAGUGGCGUAGCCGUAACGUUGCCUGUUGCCCCCCCCCCCCCCCCCCCCCCCCCCCCCCCGCCGAAAAAGCGCCCCACUGUUGGCGCCCCCUCCCCUUUUGGCGCCCCUCCCUUAAAUUGAACAAAUUAGGUGAUUUUAGAGGAUACGCCGGUAAAAUCUCUAAAAAAGUGUGUUACUAAAGCAAAACGCACAGUUUUGCUGGUACCUCAGUUAAGUUUUUCAAAAUUGUCCCACAUUCAAACGACGAUUUGGUGCCCCCGGGGCCCUUCGUUACGCCACUGGUCGAUAGUAUUUAAGAGCUGUCGCAGCUGUCAUCGAAUACCUCUAAUUGAAACCAUGAGUAAUCUGAAUCAGAGUACUGGAAUGUCAGUAUUUUGAAACUCAGACUUCCAUGUCUUGAAGUUGAUUUUGGUAAAAUCUGCAAUCGUGAAUUACUCAAAUACGUCUUUAAAUGUCAAAACUCCACGGUUUAUUUCUCAUGGCAGACGAAAAAAUGAGGUAAUGACGUCGUUAUGGGAAUCGACGAGCAUAAAUCGAUUUUAUUACAAGUCGUAAAAUCUUACGUUUACCUUCAAACGUCAUCUUAUAUUUUGUAUAUUUGUCUAAAAAUCUUGAAUGAUGCAAUCAUUCUCAAAAUUCGAAAGUAUGUAUUUCUUUGAAAGAUUUAUAAUUGAAACCGACAGUUA